AUGCCGGUGGCGCAAAUAAAGAUGAUUCACGCCGGACCGUGGGGCAAGAGCGGGUCGAUCAUUCACGUGAACGUGGAACACGACGAUUUUAAGUCGGACAUCAAGCGCAGGGUGUCGAACGCGACGGGGAUUCCGGUGCCGGAGUUGAAAUUAAUCAUGGCUUCUCCCACGCAGAUCGCGGCGGGGAGCAAGAGAUGUCCGGGGUUGGCGUACGGAAACUGCGGCGUCGUCGAUAAGGUUGGCUUAGCCGUGGUGCAGGCAGAAAGCGGGGAGAACCCGUUCGUCCCGAAGUUGUCGCCGAACCGCGUGGACAAUAAAGGGAACUGGACGAGCGUUGAUUGA